AUGACUCCCACACACUUCGCCUUCUCCUCGACCUUCCUUCUAGGCCUAGCAGGCCUAGCAUUCCACCGAACCCACCUUCUUUCCGCCCUCCUGUGUUUGGAAGGUAUGAUACUCUCACUCUUCAUUGCCCUCUCCCUAUGGACCCUCCAACUAAACUCCGCCAGCUUUUCAGCCUCCCCCAUGCUUCUUCUAGCUUUCUCAGCCUGCGAAGCAAGCGCCGGUCUUGCCCUACUCGUUGCCACUGCUCGAACCCACGGAACAGACCGACUCCAAAGCCUAAACCUCCUACAAUGCUAA